GAGGAAAUCCUGCAAAGGCCAAACAACUCAGAGAAAUCACUUAUGGGGAGCACAAGGUGAUGGUUUUCCAGGACCGAGCACAAUCUACACUCAUUGCACAGAGAGCUCUGCGACCAGUAACAAAGGCACUGUCAGAACGCAACAUACGGUUCCGGUGGAAUUAUCCCUUUGCACUGGUGGUGAUCCAUCAGAAAGUGAUCACCUCCCCUGCAGACGUCCCGGCGUUCCAGCAAGCACUGGGCCUUUCAACAGAUACUGUGGAAGACCGGACUCGCCUGGCCACGGAGCGUGACAAGCAAUGGCCCCAAAAAGGGCGAAAUUGCAGCGCAUCCCCAAAAAACGACAGUGACGGACCCCCUCGGGGACAGACAUAUCUGCGACCCCAAAAGGCACAGCGAACAGAGUGCCAUAAGGAACUCACUAUAUCCUUUAACUCUGUUAGCAGCUGCUAA